GGCGCCGCGCUGCGAUGUGGCCGGCCGGCCCGCGGGUAAACAGGGAGCAGCAGCGGCUGCGGCCGGCCCGGCCCGGGGCACUGAGCACACCCGCCGAGACCUGCGCCCGUGGCCAUGGCCGAAGUGCGCAAAUUCACCAAGCGGCUCAGCAAGCCCGGCACGGCGGCUGAGCUUCGGCAGAGCGUGUCGGAGGCCGUACGCGGCUCCGUGGUGCUGGAGAAGACCAAAGUUGUUGAGCCCUUGGACUAUGAGAAUGUUAUCUUGCAAAGAAAAACCCAGAUUUACAGUGACCCCCUCAGAGACCUGCUUAUGUUUCCAAUGGAAGACAUAUCCAUCUCGGUGAUAAGUCGUCAGCGCAGAACAGUGCAAUCCACUGUCCCAGAAGAUGCUGAGAAAAGGGCCCAGAGUCUGUUUGUCAAGGAGUGUAUUAAAACCUACAGCACAGAUUGGCAUGUGGUAAACUACAAGUAUGAAGACUUCUCUGGAGACUUUCGAAUGUUGCCAUGCAAAUCCAUGAGACCAGAAAAGAUUCCCAAUCAUGUAUUUGAAAUUGAUGAGGACUGUGAGAAAGAUGAGGAUUCAUCUUCUUUGUGUUCUCAGAAGGGUGGUGUGAUAAAACAAGGCUGGUUGUACAAAGCAAAUGUAAAUAGCACCAUCACAGUUACUAUGAAGGUAUUCAAGAGACGGUAUUUUUACUUAACUCAACUUCCUGAUGGUUCAUAUAUUCUCAAUUCCUGUAAAGAUGAAAAAAAUUCAAAAGAACCUAAAACUUCCAUCUACUUGGACGCCUGCAUUGACGUUGUUCAGUGCCCUAAAAUGCGCCGUCAUGCUUUUGAACUCAAGAUGUUAGAUAAGUACAGCCAUUAUCUGGCUGCUGAAACUGAACAGGAGAUGGAAGAAUGGUUGAUAACUUUGAGAAAGAUUAUCCAGAUCAAUACCGACAGUUUGGUGCAAGAGAAAAAGGAGACAGUAGAAGCAGCACAAGAUGAUGAAACUAGCAGCCAAGGCAAAGCCGAGAGCAUCAUGGCCAGUUUGGAAAGGAGCAUGCAUCCGGAACUGAUGAAGUAUGGAAGAGAAACUGAGCAGCUAAACAAACUCAGUAGAGGGGAUGGAAGACAGAACCUCUUUUCUUUUGAUUCAGAAGUUCAGAGAUUGGACUUUUCAGGAAUUGAACCUGAUAUAAAGCCAUUUGAAGAAAAGUGUAAUAAACGUUUCCUGGUAAAUUGCCAUGAUUUAACUUUUAAUAUCUUGGGUCAAGUUGGAGACAAUGUAAAAGGACCACCCACAAAUGUUGAACCCUUUUUUAUCAAUCUUGCCUUAUUUGAUGUGAAGAACAAUUGUAAGAUUUCAGCUGACUUCCAUAUAGACCUGAAUCCCCCUUCUGUUCGUGAAAUGCUGUGGGGCACUUCAACUCAACUAACCAGUGAUGGAAAUGCAAAAAGCUCUUCACCGGAGUCUUUCAUUCAUGGAAUUGCUGAGUCUCAGUUACGCUAUGUAAAGCAGGGAAUUUUCUCAGUGACGAUUCCACAUCCUGAAAUUCUUCUAGUUGCGCGAAUUGAAAAGGUGCUCCAGGGCAACAUUGCGCACUGUGCAGAACCCUACAUCAAAAAUUCAGACCCAGCAAAGACGGCCCAGAAGGUGCACAGAACAGCCAAGCAAGUGUGCAGCCGCCUUGGACAAUACAGAAUGCCCUUUGCCUGGGCUGCCAGACCUAUUUUCAAAGAUGCUCAAGGCUCUCUGGACCUGGAUGGGAGAUUUUCUCCUUUGUAUAAACAAGACAGUAGUAAGCUUUCAAAUGAAGACAUUCUCAAGUUGCUCUCAGAGUACAAGAAGCCAGAGAAGACCAAAUUGCAGAUUAUUCCUGGGCAGCUAAACAUCACAGUAGAAUGUGUUCCUGUGGAUUUAUCAAAUUGUAUUACUUCUUCAUAUGUGCCCCUGAAGCCUUUCGAAAAAAAUUGUCAAAAUAUUACUGUGGAGGUUGAAGAGUUUGUUCCAGAAAUGACAAAAUAUUGUUAUCCAUUUACCAUUUACAAAAACCAUCUGUAUGUAUAUCCCUUGCAAUUAAAAUACGAUAGCCAGAAAACAUUUGCCAAGGCAAGGAACAUUGCGGUCUGUGUGGAAUUCCGGGAUUCAGAUGAAAGUGAUGCCAAAGCUCUAAAGUGUAUUUAUGGAAAACCUGCAGGAUCUGUUUUUACCACAAAUGCUUACGCUGUUGUUUCACAUCACAACCAAAAUCCAGAGUUCUAUGAUGAGAUUAAAAUCGAGCUUCCUAUUCACCUGCAUCAAAAACAUCAUUUGCUUUUCACUUUUUAUCAUGUAAGUUGUGAAAUUAACACGAAGGGAACAACCAAAAAGCAAGACACAGUUGAAACUCCAGUUGGCUUUGCCUGGGUACCUUUGCUGAAGGAUGGUAGAAUCAUUACAUUUGAGCAGCAGCUGCCAGUUUCCGCCAAUCUUCCCCCAGGCUACUUGAACCUGAACGAUGCAGAAUCAAGAAGGCAAUCUAAUGUGGAUAUUAAGUGGGUAGAUGGUGCAAAGCCUUUGUUGAAGAUUAAAAGCCACUUAGAGUCUACCAUUUACAGUCAAGAUCUACAUGUGCACAAAUUCUUCCAUCAUUGCCAGCUGAUUCAGUCAGGCUCGAAAGAAGUUCCAGGGGAGCUCAUUAAAUAUUUAAAGUGUUUGCAUGUCAUGGAGAUCCCAGUCAUGAUACAGUUUCUACCUGUAAUUCUUAUGCAACUCUUCCGAGUUCUCACAAACAUGACCCAUGAAGAUGACGUUCCUAUCAACUGUACCAUGGUUCUUUUACAUAUCGUCUCACAGUGUCAUGAAGAAGGCUUGGAUAAUUAUUUAAGAUCCUUCAUAAAGUAUAGCUUCCGACCUGAAAAACCGAGUGCUUCUCAGGCCCAGCUAACACAUGAAAUUCUGGCUACUACGAUGAUAGCAAUUUUGAAACAGUCUGCAGACUUUUUAGCAAUAAACAAACUGUUAAAGUACUCAUGGUUUUUCUUUGAAAUCAUUGCAAAGUCUAUGGCCAUAUAUUUGUUGGAAGAAAAUAAAAUUAAGCUUCCCAGAGGCCAGAGGUUUCCUGAGGCAUAUCAUCAUGUCUUACAUUCUUUGCUUCUUGCAAUAAUUCCCCAUGUGACUAUUCGCUAUGCAGAGAUUCCUGAUGAGUCCAGAAAUGUCAAUUAUAGUUUGGCUAGCUUCCUGAAGCGCUGUCUGACACUAAUGGAUAGAGGAUUUAUUUUCAAUUUGAUAAAUGACUAUAUAUCUGGAUUCAGCCCCAAAGAUCCUAAGGUUCUGGCUGAAUACAAGUUUGAAUUCCUGCAAACAAUUUGCAAUCACGAACAUUACAUUCCUCUGAAUUUGCCCAUGGCAUUUGCAAAACCUAAACUUCAGCGAGUUCAAGAUUUUUUUUCAUUUGCGGUGGACCGUUUGACUUCAGUAGAUUCAAAUCUUGAAUACAGUUUAUCAGAUGAGUAUUGCAAGCAUCACUUCUUGGUUGGUCUGCUUCUGAGGGAAACCUCCAUUGCUCUUCAAGACAAUUAUGAGAUCAGAUAUACAGCUAUCUCUGUCAUAAAGAAUCUUUUGAUAAAACAUGCAUUUGAUACUAGAUACCAGCACAAGAACCAACAAGCCAAAAUAGCACAAUUGUACCUCCCAUUUGUUGGGCUGCUUUUGGAAAAUAUACAGCGAUUAGCAGGUCGAGAUACCUUGUAUUCUUGUGCAGCCAUGCCUAAUUCUGCAUCCAGGGAUGAAUUUGCAUAUGGCUUCACUUCACCUACAAAUAGAGGGAGUCUGAGCACUGACAAAGAUACUGCUUAUGGGUCUUUUCAAAAUGGACAUGGACUUAAGAGAGAAGACUCAAGAGGUUCCCUGAUCCCAGAAGGAGCAACAGGAUUUCCAGAUCAGGGCAGCACUGGCGAAAAUACCCGGCAGAAUUCUGCGAGGAGCAGCGUAUCAUCCCAGUAUAACCGACUGGAUCAGUAUGAAAUCAGAAGCCUCUUGAUGUGCUAUCUGUAUAUAGUAAAAAUGAUUUCUGAAGAUACUCUCUUAACUUACUGGAAUAAAGUAUCUCCUCAGGAGCUCAUAAACAUUCUCAUACUUUUAGAAGUAUGUUUGUUUCACUUUAGAUACAUGGGAAAAAGAAACAUAGCAAGGAUACAGGAUGCCUGGCUGUCAAAACAUUUUGGAGUAGACCGAAAAUCUCAAACCAUGCCAGCUCUUCGAAACAGAUCAGGAGUAAUGCAGGCCCGGCUUCAGCAUCUUAGUAGCCUGGAAAGUUCAUUUACACUUAAUCACAGUUCUACAACAACUGAAGCAGACAUUUUCCAUCAGGCCCUUCUAGAAGGCAAUACUGCUACUGAAGUUUCUUUAACAGUGCUAGAUACCAUAUCAUUUUUUACCCAGUGCUUCAAGAGUCAACUUUUAAAUAAUGAUGGCCACAACCCAUUAAUGAAAAAAGUAUUUGAUAUUCAUCUUGCUUUUCUUAAAAAUGGACAAUCUGAGGUGUCGCUGAAACAUGUAUUUGCUUCAUUGCGAGCUUUCAUCAGUAAGUUUCCCUCAGCCUUUUUCAAAGGAAGGGUAAACAUGUGUGCUGCAUUUUGCUAUGAGGUUUUAAAGUGCUGCACCUCGAAGAUUAGCUCAACCAGGAAUGAAGCAUCUGCACUUCUGUAUCUUCUGAUGAGAAACAACUUUGAAUAUACCAAAAGGAAAACCUUUCUGAGAACACAUCUGCAGAUAAUAAUUGCUGUAAGUCAGCUGAUAGCUGAUGUAGCACUAAGCGGAGGAUCAAGAUUUCAGGAGUCUUUAUUCAUUAUCAAUAAUUUUGCUAACAGUGACAGACCUAUGAAGGCAACUGCUUUUCCCACAGAAGUCAAAGAUUUGACCAAGAGGAUUCGUACCGUUCUUAUGGCCACUGCUCAAAUGAAAGAGCAUGAAAAAGACCCUGAAAUGCUAAUUGAUCUCCAGUAUAGCUUAGCCAAGUCCUAUGCAAGCACCCCAGAGCUCAGGAAAACCUGGCUUGAUAGCAUGGCCAAGAUUCAUGUAAAAAAUGGAGAUUUUUCAGAGGCAGCAAUGUGUUAUGUCCAUGUAGCAGCUUUGGUUGCAGAGUUUCUUCAUCGAAAAAAAUUAUUCCCUAAUGGAUGUUCAGCCUUCAAGAAAAUUACUCCCAAUAUAGAUGAAGAAGGAGCAAUGAAAGAAGAUGCUGGAAUGAUGGAUGUCCAUUAUACUGAAGAAGUUUUGCUGGAGUUGCUAGAACAAUGUGUGGAUGGCUUAUGGAAAGCAGAGCGUUAUGAAGUAAUUUCUGAGAUUUCCAAGCUGAUCAUUCCAAUUUAUGAGAAACGCCGUGAGUUUGAGAAACUUACUCAAGUUUAUAGAACUCUUCAUGGAGCUUACACAAAAAUUCUGGAGGUUAUGCACACAAAAAAAAGACUUUUAGGCACUUUCUUCAGAGUUGCUUUUUAUGGCCAAUCUUUUUUUGAAGAAGAAGAUGGAAAGGAGUACAUCUACAAAGAGCCAAAGCUCACUGGCCUCUCAGAGAUUUCCCUGAGACUUGUUAAGCUUUAUGGUGAAAAAUUUGGUACAGAGAAUGUGAAAAUAAUUCAGGAUUCAGACAAGGUAAAUGCCAAAGAGCUUGAUCCAAAAUAUGCUCAUAUCCAAGUCACCUAUGUGAAGCCCUACUUUGAUGACAAAGAACUCACAGAAAGAAAGACUGAGUUUGAAAGAAACCAUAAUAUCAACAAAUUUGUUUUUGAGGCUCCUUAUACAUUAUCCGGCAAAAAGCAAGGCUGCAUAGAAGAACAGUGCAAACGUCGUACAAUCCUGACUACUUCAAACUCCUUUCCAUAUGUGAAGAAGAGGAUCCCUAUAAACUAUGAACAGCAGAUUAAUUUAAAGCCAAUUGAUGUUGCUACUGAUGAAAUAAAAGAUAAAACUGCAGAGCUGCAAAAACUUUGCUCUUCUGCUGAUGUGGACAUGAUUCAGCUCCAACUGAAAUUGCAGGGCUGUGUUUCAGUGCAGGUAAAUGCUGGUCCAUUAGCAUAUGCAAGAGCUUUCUUAAAUGACAGUCAAGCUAGCAAGUAUCCAUCUAAGAAAGUCAGUGAGUUGAAAGACAUGUUUAGGAAGUUCAUACAAGCAUGCAGCAUUGCACUUGAACUAAAUGAGCGGCUAAUUAAAGAGGAUCAAAUUGAGUACCAUGAAGGCCUAAAGUCAAAUUUCAGAGAAAUGGUGAAAGAAUUGUCUGACAUAAUCCAUGAGCAGAUAAUACAAGAAGACACAAUGCAUUCUCCCUGGAUGAACGACACAUUACAUGUAUUUUGUGCAAUUAGUGGUACAUCGAGUGACAGAGGUUAUGGUUCCCCAAGAUACACUGCUGAAAUAUGAGGACCCACAGAUGUAAAGUGAGGACGAGACUGACCUUUCUCAGGAAUAUUUGGAGCUGUGCAAAUGUUAAAAUUUAAAGAUUUGAUAUACAUGGAGUGUUCCCUUCUGACACCAAAAUUUUCAUGCUUUCAAACAGGGUGCUUACAUAUUUGUAAAUAUUUAAGCAACGUGGAAGUGCCUGGAAAAUUGCACCCCUGUGCUUAGUUUGUACUUUUUUUAGGUAAAUCUAUAUACUGAGAAAUAGAGCUCAAAAACAUAAAUCCAAAUUGCUUAAUUAUUGCUUAAAAUAAUAAUGGUACUAUGUAAAAUUGUAUAACAGAACACAAUAAAAGGUAAAACUUACUUGUAA